AUGGUCACUUCAACAGGUGCCAAUCCCGCGCACGACUGGAGUGCAGCGCAAUAUCUCAAGUUCGAAGAUGAACGCACCAUGCCAGCACGCGACCUUCUCUCUCGGGUUCCGCUGCAAUCUCCCAAGAAUAUCGUCGACUUGGGCUGCGGACCAGGAAAUUCGACCGCCGUUCUGGAGUCCCGUUACCCCAAUGCUCACCUGGUGGGCAUGGAUUCGUCUCCGGAUAUGAUCCGCAAGGCCAAAACUGCUCUUCCGCAUCGGGAGUUCUCCGUGGGGGACAUAACCUCUUACUCGCCAAAAGAACCAGUGGACCUUUACUACUCCAAUGCCGUCUUCCAAUGGCUUAAGAGGGAAGAACGAUUCAGCAUUGUCCGGAAGCUGAUGGAAACUCAGCCAUCCGGCGGCGUGUUCGCCCUGCAAGUCCCCGACAAUCUGAUGGAACCAUCCCACGUCCUAAUGCGCGAGACGGCCCGUAACGGACCAUGGUCUGGUACCCUCGCAAAUAUUGAUCGGGACACAUUCCAGUCGCCGCAGGAGAUCUACGAUGAGCUCAAACCCUUUUGCUCGGCGGUGAAUGUCUUUCACACGAGCUACUAUCAUGCCCUCGAAAGCCAUGAAGCUGUCAUCGAAUGGGUAAAAGGCACGGGCCUGCGACCUUACCUGGAUCCCCUGCAGCCGGAGGAGAAGGAGGAGUUUCUGCGAGAUUAUUUGAAGCGUUUGAAAGCAGGUUAUCCUGUGUCUGUUGAUGGAAAAGUUCUACUGCGCUACCCACGGCUCUUUGUUGUUGCCAUCAAGAAAUGA